ACGCAAUCAUUUCUCCUUCUCUUUAGCUGCAUUCUUGCAGCAAUUGAGAACUACUAUGUGAGCUGUGAUUGGUCACACCUUGUCACAUGGUACAAGGCUGUUGUGAAUAGCCUUGUACCAUGUGACCUCUGUGAUCAUUCACAGAUUUCACACGUAGUAAGCAAUGAUGUCAGAAGUCACACAGAGGUCAUCACUUUGGAGGUAUCAGUAUUGGCCUAUCAGUGAUCACAUGAUCGGGACCUCACACAGAGGUCCCGUCCAACGAUCGGUGUUCCACUGUCUCCGGAGGACACAGCGGGCACCCAAUUGCGGUGCUGCGCACUCCCAGGGAGCGCGCACAAGCAGGAGGCGGGGAGGCUGUUUAUAAACGGCCACCCGCCCCUGCACUGCCACCGCCUGGACGUUUAUAUACAACGGCCGGACAGGAAGUGGUCAAAACCGAACACAU